UGGUUGAAUCAGUAAACCAGUGAUCCGAUCUUGGUCUAAAGUGGAAUAAAGCUGGAUAGCACAGUAGCGGACAAUUCACUCGUCCGGGGCCUUCCGAGAGACAGAUAAUUUUCUGGACGACGCAGAGUAUUCCGGCAAUUGAAGCGGCGAUACAGACAGAAACGCGACAGUAACGAUGAUGAGCUCGAGCUCACCAGAAGAGGAUUCAAAAGAAGACGAUAAGAACGAGGAAGCGAACCGUCUGCUUGCCUCCCAAUCAACCCCUUCCACCUAUUCAUCCUCAGAUUCUGAUUCCGAAGAAGCCGAAUUUGAAGCCCGAGAGAAAAUCUUGAUAGUGGACGUCGACUCGCCGGAUUCAUUUGAUUCGAUCGAUUCAGUGCCGCCAUUCUCGUGGAAGAAAUUGUGGUUGUUCACGGGGCCUGGGUUCUUGAUGAGCAUAGCCUUCCUCGAUCCGGGAAAUCUUGAGGGCGAUCUUCAGGCAGGGGCGAUUGCCGGCUAUUCGCUGCUGUGGCUUCUGUUGUUGGCCACCGUUAUGGGCUUGCUGAUCCAGCUCCUCUCAGCGCGGGUAGGAGUUGCCACGGGCAGACACUUGGCGGAGCUCUGCAGAGAGGAGUAUCCGAAUUGGGCCAGGUUGGUGCUGUGGUUCAUGGCGGAGCUAGCCUUGAUUGGUGCCGAUAUACAGGAGGUAAUUGGCAGCGCUAUUGCUAUCCAGAUUUUGAGUAAUGGAGUUUUACCGCUUUGGGCAGGAGUCGUGAUUACGGCGUCAGAUUGUUUCAUAUUUUUGUUUCUCGAGAAUUAUGGAGUGAGGAAACUAGAAGCGGCAUUUGCAGUUCUCAUUGCAACCAUGGCUCUAUCAUUUGCCUGGAUGUUUGGUGACACAAAGCCAAGUGGAAAAGAGUUGUUAAUGGGUAUUUUGAUUCCAAGGCUUAGCUCAAAAACAAUCCGACAAGCUGUGGGAGUUGUGGGUUGUGUCAUAAUGCCUCACAAUGUAUUCUUGCAUUCUGCUUUGGUACAGUCAAGGAAAACCGAUCCUCAGAAGAAAGGCCGGGUUCAAGAAGCACUUAAUUACUACACAAUCGAAUCAUCUAUUGCCCUUUCAGUUACCUUUAUGAUCAACUUGUUUGUAACGACUGUGUUUGCAAAAGGAUUUUAUGGUACUCAGCAAGCAAACAGUAUAGGACUUGUCAAUGCAGGGCAGUAUCUUCAGGAAAAGUAUGGAGGAGGACUCCUUCCAAUUCUUUAUAUAUGGGGUAUUGGGUUGUUAGCAGCUGGGCAAAGUAGUACCAUAACUGGCACAUAUGCUGGUCAGUUUAUCAUGGGAGGUUUUCUAAAUCUCCGUUUGAAGAAAUGGCUGAGAGCACUGAUCACACGCAGUUUUGCUAUUGUCCCAACUAUGAUUGUUGCUCUUGUAUUCAACACGUCAGAAGCUUCAUUGGAUGUUUUGAAUGAGUGGCUUAAUGUGCUUCUGUCAAUGCAGAUUCCAUUUGCUCUGAUUCCUCUUCUUACCCUAGUGUCCAAGGAGCAGGUCAUGGGGGACUUUCGAAUUGGACCUGUUACUGAGAAGCUGGCGUGGACUGUGGCUGCCCUGGUUAUGGUGAUUAAUGGGUAUCUCUUACUUGACUUCUUUAUAUCUGAAGUUAAGGGACUGUUUUUUGGCUUUGUCGUGUUUACUGGCACAUCAGCUUAUGCCGCAUUUAUUAUUUAUCUUAUUUCACGUAGUGGAUCACUUGAUUCCACUUGGAUCAGCUUAGAACUCUCAAGACGGUUUGCUUAUACUGAAAACUAAAUCGACAACUUCGUGUGGUUGUCAAGAAACUUAGACAAAUACUAGAGUGUCGUUACCCUCCUUCAAAGCCUGUCAGAUGGCACGGCCUUAUUGAGUCUAUGAUUAGAUGCAUUCUCACAACGAGAGUUUUCUUUCUCUUCUGUGCAUAAAUUAAAAGGGCAUACACAAAUUCAAGCAUUUUUUGGGUUUUACCUGGACAUUUUUGCAUAUCAGUGACAGCUGACAUGAGGAUCUUCCUUCCUUUCUGUUUCGGACAAUGGAGCCAUGGAGGGAGCAUCUAUUGUGCAUGAGAUGAAUACCAUUAUAAUAUAUGUUAGUUCGCUGAAUUUUUAUGUGAAUUUUGAAUGGACUGCUCUGUAUUUCUUUGUAAAAUCUCGUCAAGAACAAUAGUUGGAUUAGCAAUUUUGGUUACAGAACAGAAUAAUCGACAUACAUUACGAUAUUAUGUUGCAGAAUUUUUUUGAACUAUUGAUGUGGAGAAUGGAAAUUCAUAUUCUUUUUCC